AUGGCCAAAUUUUUGGCGCCAAAUUUUGGAAUGUGCCCUAGCUCGACGAGGAGAAAGGAAGCUAUGGCGGAUGGCUGGAGCUCCGAUGGGCACAAGCGGCGUGGGAGGGCCAAGAAGGCAAAAGCCGAUCCAACGUCUCCACGUCCUGGCACCCUUGACGCGUUCCUGCGCCCUAGGGUUUCUUCAGCUCGAGUUGAAAGUGAUGCAGUUGUAGCGAGCCCAGGAGUCGACAGCAAUGGGGGUUCUUCACCAAAUGCAAGCCAAGCGGAGGUGAAGACUCGCGAUUCUCUGGAGAGCACACAGAUGGAGGAUGGCGCAAAGAAGGCAACGUCUCCCCUGCGUCCUAGGGUUUCUCCAACUCAAGGUGAAAGCGAUCCGAGCCCAGGAAUCGAAGGUUCUUCACCGAAUGCCAGCCAAGCGGAGGUGAAGAUUCGCGAUUCGAUGGAGAGCACACAGAUCGACAGCGUGGGCAAUGAGAAUGCAAUGGAAAAUGGUUUUUAUCCUCUUUGGUCCACGAGGUUGAGGAAAAGGAAGUCCAAUGUUGUCGAUGCCGAGGAACCUGUCAAUACCGAGGAACCUGUCGAUUCUAAGGAACCAGAUGAACCAAUUAGUUCUCCUCCAGUGCGGGCUUCCAAAAAGCGUCACAAGAAAAAGAAGUCCCGCGCAAAAACUAGAAAGGAAGAAAUUGUGGACCGGGAUUCAUUGUCGUGUGCUUACGAUCUGCGCAAGGAAGCACGAAUGGCCACGGAGGAAUUUAAUCUCUUGAGCGCUGGAAAACCUCUUCAUCCGUUUUUUCAGCGCAACAAAAAACAAGAGAGAAGUGAGGACUCGCCGAUAAAGCGGGGCUCAUUCUGGGACCCGUGUUUGCCAUUUCACGUACUUCAAGAUACCAUGAAUGUCGACGCGGACAUAAACUGGAACUCUUUCCAGCGUUCUUGUUUUGUAACAUCGGCAUCACAGGUUACUUCGAGUGAUGACCAUGACCAUGGUUACUUAAUUUCAAAAGACCAGAAGCUUGCUCCAUCGCAACGCUUCGUAUCUGAUGCAGCUACCCUGGAUGAAAGUUUGGAGAAAGUUCAUGACUUUUUAAAGGAGUCCGGUCAUAAACACUUGUCAGUGGCAAGUUUGAAGGAGAAAUAUGCGUGGUAUCUAGCUAGAAAUACUGAUGGAGUUACUACCACGGCGAACCCUUCGUGGACAUGUUUGUACCAGCCGCACUCCUCUAAACAGUUGUGUGGAAACAGGGACUCCGUGAGUUCCUUAAGCGAGUGGCUCUCCAGAUGGAAACAGAAAAUAUUGUCUAGAAAGCAGGCAUCAUUGGACAGCGAUAGAGACAGCGAUGGAGACUACGAGAUUGAGGAUGAAGAUUUACGGGACGGUCUACAAAAUACCGUGCUUGUGACUGGUCCUGUCGGGUGUGGUAAAUCUGCAGCCGUCUAUGCAUGCGCCAGGGAGCACGGGUUUAAUGUUAUUGAGAUAAACUCUUCAGACAGUCGCGCUGGAGCAACUAUCAAGAAAAGAUUUGGAGAAGCAACUCAAUCUGAAGCAGUGAUAUGCUCCGAUCAAGAUGGAAGAAAACCGACAAUUAUCUUGUUUGAAGAAAUUGACACGGUAUUUGAGGAGGAUAAGGGAUUUUUGGCGGCAAUUGGCCAAUUAGCAAAGUCCUCGAAACGCCCCAUGGUUCUUACUAGCAACAGGCGUCAACCACUAUUGCCACGCAUGAGAAAAACUGUCAUUGACUUCAUAAAGCCCACCAUGGACGAUUUGCUAGUCCACGCAUGCUUGGUGUGUGCUUCAAAUGGUCUAUUUGGAGAGCCUUGGAUCAUGAAACGCAUUGUAGGAUCUUGUCACCAGGACUUGCGAAAGCUAAUGAUGCUGCUUCAGUUUUGGGGACAGGGUGCUCUACCGCCGAGCGCAGAGCUAGAAGCGGACCAGUCCUCAAGCAUGAAGCGAAACAGUCAUGAAAGAAGAAUAUUGCUUCCACGAGCUGCUUGGUGGGAGGAUUCAGACGCCGAGUACUGCUUAUUGCCGGAGUUGGUUCCUCUGAGCUUCCCUUGCUCUCAGUCAUACUUAGUAGCCGGGAAAUUAUCAGAAGCAGUUCAGAAAGCUGAAAAAAUUGCCACCUUGCAUGCUGCAAAGGCAGCUGAAGAAGAUGAGUCUCUACGGGCUGCUCGCAGGUCAAAAAGCUCGAAAAGGCUGGCUAAGAAAGUGGAGGCUGAAUUACUUGAUACCAUGGUGGUGGAAGCGGAAGGAAAACACUGUGGACCAGCUGCCAUGAUUAAGACUUGUGGUGCUGGGAGGCGGAAAAGACCACGAAAGACUACGAAAAGACUGGAAUGGAAGGAAGCGCGGAAUAACACCGGCUUUAUUAAAGAUCUGGCAGAAGAAGCAGAAGGAUUGAUAUAUUGUACCACUUGUGCGACCGAAGAAAGCGUGACUGAAGAGUUCCCGUCGUCGUCAAACGAGCCAGUGCAUCCAGUUCGAGCUCAGUGGCUAGAUAUGAGGAAGGGACAAAGUUCACUCUUGCGCUCCAACUCUAAAUCCGUCCAGACGAUGCUCAGCGUCAAUGAUGCCUUGGCAGCUGCUGCGGAGGCUUUUUCUUCGUGCGAUAUGUUGUCUCGAAUGGAGGAAUCCCCGUGUAGUGAAAUAUCUCAACAGCUGACACGAUGCAACCUUUACCAUCUCUUACAGGAGUGCGACGAAGCAAUGCAGUUAGCUUGUCAAAGUGAUGCUGCUUGUGAUGGCAGGCGGUCUCUUCCUUGGCACGAGGAAAACUUCAACAAGCUACAGACGCAAAAGUAUCUCCAAGAACAGCUUUUCCUUGCAAGUCCAGAGAAGGUGAGGCAUGGAAUGAGUUCUGAUAGCUUUGUGGACCAUGUCUCAUACAUGGCACGCAUCGUGGCUCUUGAAGAACAUCAAAGAGCUGAGCUCGUCGGGCCCAGGCUUAAGAGAUCAAGAGGCGGCUACCUAUCCGAUAAGGGUGUGUCCACAGAAGGCAUUCAAGCUCUUAGACAACAUUUUUCUUUUAGAUACUGACGAAGUUGAUUCCAGGGCCCUGGUUUAAGAUCCUUUUUGUGUAAUUUCGGAUCUAAAAUUAAAUAAUAAUGUGAUUAUUAAAAUAAGUUUAUCUUGACCAAA